UUUAGAAGCGAAAAGUCCCCGCGCGCGGCCGCUCGCGACUUCAACACACAAACUGAACGGCAACUUUUUUUUGUAUCUUUUCUGUCCGCGCGCACCGGAGCAGAGGGAAAUUAUACUAACCGGAAAUUAUUCACACUGCAGCCUGCAAACAACAUCAGACGCGGAGAAUCCUGCUGGACUAAAAACACACACACACACACACACACACACCCCCCCGAAUCUGUGCGUAGUCAAUAUUUUGCUGCUGAACUCGGCUCGGUUCCGUUUGGUCUCACGCGCUGCAUCAUACACUCACAUACAUAAGCGCGCAGUCAGGUGCUAGUGAGGGACACACACACACACACACACACACACACACACACACACGCGCGCGCACGCACAUUCAAGCGCGAGGAUGACAGAUGCACGCGGGCGGCAGGACUCUUCACCGUGAGCUCGCGACUGAAAAGCGGAAUCCUCGCUCUCCGUUGCUGCGCGCGUGUGCGUGCAUGUGAGUUGUAUUAUUGCGAGUAGUGAGUUGGACGGCGCGAGCGUGCCGUAUCGGUGCGUGCGGUCCGAUUUGCAGGAUUAUCCAACUUUUCCCCCUAUUUUUUUUAAAAUACGUAUUUGGACCGACAGACCGACCCACCGAGCGACCAUCUCUCUCUCUCUCUCUCUCUCUCUCUCUCUCACUGUGUGCGCGCGCUGCAGCGGGACCGUGAGAUCAUCCGCCCGCUCUGAGGAACUUCAUCUCCGCCAGGACAUAAGAGAAGAAGAAGAAGAAAACGAAGAGAGAGCAAACCGAGAGGAGAGGGAGGGAAAAGAAGGGAAUAAAGAGAGGAAAGAUGUGUGUGGGGAGCGCGGCGGUGUGUUUGGCGGCGGUGCUCGCGCUUCUCUGGGUCGGCGGGUCGCACGCGCAGCUCUGCCCGGCUCAAUGCUCGUGCGUCGGGACCACCGUGGACUGUCACGCGCAGGGGCUGCGGAGCGUUCCGCGAGACAUCCCGCGCAGCACGGAGCGACUUGACCUCAACAACAACAAUCUGACCAAAAUCACGAAGGCCGACUUUGCAGGGCUCCGAAAUCUCCGAGUGCUACACCUGAUGGAGAACAAGAUCAGUAUAAUUGAGCGAGGAGCAUUUCAGGACCUGAAGGAGCUGGAGAGACUGCGCCUGAACAGAAACAGUCUGCAGGUUUUUCCAGAGCUGCUCUUUGUCACGACAACCAAACUCAACAGACUGGACCUGAGUGAGAAUCAGAUUCAAGGCAUUCCGAGAAAAGCGUUCCGAGGAGCUACGGAGAUCAAAAACCUGCAGUUGGAUUAUAAUCAAAUCUCAUGCAUUGAAGACGGAGCAUUUAGAGCUCUGCGGGACCUGGAAGUGCUAACACUGAACAACAAUAAUAUAUCUCGUUUGUCAGUGGCCAGUUUUAACCACAUGCCCAAGCUCAGGACAUUUCGUCUUCACUCCAAUAAUCUCGUCUGUGACUGCCACGUGUCCUGGCUCUCUGAUUGGCUGAGACAGAGGCCCCGCCUCGGCCUUUACACUCAGUGCAUGGCUCCGCCCCCUAUGAGGGGACACAAUGUCGCCGAGGUUCACAAGCGAGAGUUUGUCUGUACAGGUUCUGUGUCUCACUCGUCCUGCAGUGUCCUUCAGUGUCCUGAGUUUUGUUCCUGCAGUAAUAAUGUAGUGGACUGUAGAGGAAAAGGUCUGACUGAGAUUCCCACCAACCUUCCGGAGACCAUCACAGAGAUUCGUCUGGAGCAGAACUCCAUCAAGAUCAUCCCACCUGCGGCCUUCACACCUUACAAACGUCUCAGGAGGAUUGAUCUGAGUAAUAAUCAAAUAUCAGAAAUGGCUCCAGAUUCCUUUCAAGGCCUGCGCUCUCUCAACUCACUGGUUUUAUACGGGAAUAAAAUCACCGAACUUCCCAAAGGCCUGUUUGACGGACUCUUCUCUCUACAGCUACUGUUACUGAACGCAAAUAAGAUCAACUGUCUGCGUGUGGACGCCUUCCAGGACCUGCAGAACCUCAACCUGCUCUCUCUGUACGACAACAAGCUGCAGACCAUCGCUAAGGGGACGUUUGCAUCACUGCGUGCCAUCCAGACGCUACACCUGGCCCAGAACCCGUUUGUGUGUGAUUGUCAUCUGAAGUGGCUGGCUGAUUACCUGCAGGAGAACCCGAUUGAGACGAGCGGAGCGCGAUGCACCAGCCCACGCCGCCUCGCCAACAAACGCCUCGGCCAGAUAAAGAGCAAGAAGUUCCGCUGCUCAGCUAAAGAACAGUAUUACAUACCAGGUACGGAAGAUUACCGCACUAAGCUGAGUGGGAGUUGCUUUGCCGAUCUCGUGUGUCCUGAGAAGUGUCGCUGCGAGGGAACGACCGUCGACUGUUCGGGACAAAAACUCACCAAGAUCCCUGACAGCAUCCCACAAUACACUGCAGAGCUACGUUUGAACAAUAACGAGUUCACCGUGUUGGAGGCGACUGGCGUGUUCAAGAAACUCCCACAACUGCGCAAGAUUAACUUAAGUAAUAAUAAGAUCAGUGAUAUAGAGGAGGGCACUUUCGACGGAGCGAAUGGAGUGAACGAGCUCAUACUGACCAGCAACCGCCUGGAGAGCGUUCACUACGGCAUGCUGAAGGGUCUGACGGGUCUGCGCACACUGAUGCUGCGCAGUAACAAGAUCAGCUGUGUGAGUAACAGCAGCUUCACUGGCCUGAGUUCAGUGCGGCUGCUCUCUCUCUACGAUAACCUGAUCACCUCCAUCACCCGGGGAGCCUUUGACACACUCCACUCACUCUCCACACUGAACUUGCUGGCCAAUCCGUUUAACUGUAACUGUCACAUGGCCUGGUUGGGGGAGUGGCUACGGAAGAAACGCAUCGUCACGGGAAACCCUCGCUGCCUAAAGCCCUACUUUCUGAAAGAGAUCCCGAUUCAGGAUGUUGCCGUGCAGGACUUCGCCUGUGAGGACGGUGAUGAUGAGAAUAGCUGCUCCUCGUCGGCUCGGUGUCCAUCAGAGUGCUCGUGUUUGGACACGGUGGUGCGCUGCAGUAAUAAAGGACUGAAUACACUGCCGAAGGGCAUCCCUAAAGAUGUCACUGAGCUCUAUCUGGAUGGAAACCAGUUCACACAGGUUCCUCUGGAGCUCUCCAACUACAAACACCUCACACUCAUUGAUUUGAGCAAUAACCAGAUCAGCACGUUGUCCAACAACAGCUACAGUAACAUGUCUGAGCUGCUUACACUAAUCUUAAGCUACAACAGACUGAGGUGUAUUCCAGCUAAAGCCUUCGAGGGCCUUCGAUCUCUGCGAUUACUGUCUUUACAUGGUAAUGACAUUGCUGUAAUUCCUGAAGGAGCGUUUAAAGAUCUCGCCUCUCUUUCUCAUCUUGCUCUCGGUGCGAACCCUCUACACUGUGACUGUAACAUGCAGUGGCUCUCUGACUGGGUGAAGAGCGGCUAUAAAGAGCCGGGCAUCGCUCGCUGCGCCGGACCCAAAGACAUGAUGGACAAACUGCUGCUCACCACACCGUCCAAACUGUUCACCUGUACAGGUCCAGUGGACAUCAAUAUCCAGGCAAAGUGUGAUCCAUGUCUGUCUAACCCGUGCAAAAAUAAUGGUACCUGCAACAACCAUCCUAUUGACUUCUACAGAUGCACCUGUCCAUAUGGAUAUAAGGGUCAGGAUUGUGAGGCUCCCAUCCACGCCUGCAUCAGUAACCCAUGUCAUAAUGGUGGAACGUGCAAUCUAAAAGACGGAGCUGAGAACACACACUGGUGUGUGUGUCCCGAGGGCUUCGAGGGAGACCAGUGUGAGAUUAACAUCGAUGACUGCGAGGACAAUGACUGUGAAAAUAACUCCACAUGUGUGGACGGAGUUAACACUUACACCUGUCUCUGCUCAUCUGAGUACACAGGGGAGCUGUGUGAAGAUAAGCUGGAUUUGUGUUCUCCAGAGCUGAAUCAGUGUCAGCAUGACUCCAAAUGCGUCCUGACUGCUCAUGGUUUCAAGUGUGAGUGCACUCCAGGUUACUCGGGAGAGCAGUGCGAGCUGAACGUCGAUGAUUGCAAGGAUAACAAGUGCAAAAAUGGAGCGCAGUGUUUCGACGCCGUCAACGGCUACACGUGUGUGUGUCCUGAGGGCUACAGCGGGUUGUUCUGCGAGUUCUCCCCCCCCAUGGUACUGCCCCGGACGAGUCCGUGUGACGAUCACGAGUGUGAGAACAGUGCGGAGUGUGUGGUCAAGGGGGCAGAACCUGUGUGUGUGUGUCUCCACGGUUACGAGGGCGCACGAUGUGAGCGACUCAUCAGCGUGAACUUCGUCAGCCGAGAGGCGUUCAUCCAGAUUCCUUCUGACACGCAACACACCAACAUCACUCUCCAGAUUGCGACAGACGAGGACAGUGGAGUGUUACUGUAUAAAGGCAACGGUGAACAAAUGGCUGUCGAGCUCUACAGAGGAAGAGUGAGAGUCAGCUACGACACAGGAACCAUCUACAGUGCAGAGACGGUGAGUGACGGGGGGUUCCACGUGCUGCAGCUCACAGUGACGGACCUGUCUGUGUCUCUGUCCAUUGAUGGAGGGAAACCCAAAUCCAUGUCUACUGCACGGAGGACAAGUGCAGGAUCGGGAGCAUCUCCACUCUACCUGGGAGGCGUCCCUGUGCAGUCGUCUGUCUCUCUGUUCAGUAACGGCUCCAGUUUUCACGGGUGUGUCCGUCACGUCUACAUUAACGAGCAGCUGCAGGAUAUGAUGCGUUUCCAGCGGGAGGGUGUGAUCCCUGGGUGCCGCUCGUGCCAGCCGAGUGUGUGUGUGCACGGCCAGUGCCACGUUAACUCGCGUGACGCACACGACGCGUACGAAGACUCCCACUCGUCCUUCAGCUGCGAGUGUGAACCGGGCUGGACCGGACCGUUGUGUGACCAGCCGCUCAACGACCCCUGCCUCGGCAACAAGUGUGUGCGUGGCACUUGUGUGCCCAUUAACUCGUACUCGUACAGGUGUGUGUGCGCACCAGGCUUCGUCGGCGUGCUGUGCGACGAGCGCAGCGUGAGUGUGUGCGAGUGUAAACACGGACACUGCCGCCUCUCCGGCCUCGGCACAGCGUACUGUGAGUGUAACGCCGGAUACACGGGGCCGCUGUGUGACAAAGAGAUGGAGUGUAGGGGUCACAGGGUCCGAGGUUACUUUCAGAGGCAGCAGGGCUACGCUGCGUGUCAGACCACGGAGAAAAUCUCACGCUUAGAAUGCGCAGGAAGCUGCGGGGGCGGGGACUCGUGUUGCUCCGCCCUCCGCACCAAAUCCAGGAAGUACACGUUCCAGUGCACGGACGGCUCCUCGUUCAUCCAGGAAGUGGAGAAAGUGGUCAAAUGUGGCUGUACGAAGUGUCCAUCCUAAAACAGAGAGAGAGAGAGAGAGAGAGAGAGAUAAACAGACCCCGCCCCUUCCCCGCCCACACUUUCUGUCGUCGUCCUCCUCCUCCUCAUCUUCCCUCCCUCCACUUCCUGUCCUCUCCUCUCGUCUGUUUCUCCACGUUUUUAUAUAAAUGUUCACAUAUUCUCCGUUUCGGACUGAUGAUCGCUUCCCUCCGAAGAGAAGAUGGAUUAUUGUAAGAUACAGAACAACAAAAAAAAAAACCUAUUUUUUAUUAUCAAGGACAAAAAAAGUAUAGAUUUUAGAUUUAUUUUGUUUGUUUUUCAUUUGCAGUCCUGAAAGAACUGUGAUUUUAUUUUAUUUUUUUGUUUACCUAUUCAAAUUUUUUUUUUUUUUUUUUUUUUUUUUUUUAAAUUUUUAAUUUUAUUUUAUUGUUCUAAUUUUACUCAACAACACCUCAGUGAAGAGCGGAGAGCAGUCUGCUUCUCCGGACGGGUUUUUGGACUAACUCACUUUUUCAACAUGGGGAGAAAUAGUACCGCCAACACACACACACACGCACACACACACACACACACACACACACCUGGUUUUGCCACGUGACAGGUAUCCCUGGACCAACAAAGGUUAAAUCUGAUCAGCCAACACUAGUAUUAGUGCUUAGCAUGAAUGACUGGUUUUAGUUACACAGUAGAAAAUUAGCACAGAGCUAAUGUUAGCCAGCUAACCGCGGUAGCUAUCUAACGUUAAGUAGCAAAGUUUGCCAGGAAGUUAAUUAUUAAUUGAUUAUUUUUGUUGACCCAGAGACUCCUGUCAGUCAAAAACAUUAUGACACACACACACACACACACACACACACACACACACACACACACUGUGUGAACCCUGUGUAUUUAUUGUCUGAACCACUCCUUCACAGUACUUCCCUGCUUUUAUCCACAGAGAUACAUCCUAUAUAAACCUAUAAUAAUUUAUAUUUGUCCUGUUAACAGCGUAGCUUACACACACACACACACACACAGACACACACACAUAUUAGCGUGCUGUAACGUAGAACAACUAACGGUGGUUGAUUCGACCAACGAGACGUAAGUCAUGUUUAUAUAAAACCUUUAGUGGUGUUUCAAACCUUCAAAAUGUGAAGUGUAUAUUUUUGUCCUUAAAACUUUGUACGGUGUCAGAGAUGGACUUUCCUAUUAGCGAAGAACCGCGUAGCCCAUCCCCCUCCUCGUGUAUUCGACCUAAAACACGCAAUAUGUAGUGACCGAGUAACGCUAGCUCCACUAGGAGGCGCUCUAAGUGCCUCUUAAGAUGUUUCUCCUUAUAAAACUCGAUUUAACUAGAACGUAAAAAGCUGUGAGUAUUUUUUAUCUAAACGAUACUUUAACCCCGCCCACUUCCUCCCUCCUGUUAACACGUUGCUGCUAAACUGGUAUCGUAGACUUUGCGCCAUGAUUAGACGUGUGCCGAUAUCACCGUUUCCGUAUCGCGAUAAUCGCCUUCCGUUGCCAGUUUGUGCAUUUCGACGUUCUUGGUGAGAAUUGAGUCAUUUGAAUAUUUAAAAAUGAUUUACAAUUAAUUUAAAACAACAUAUACAAUAAAUAAACGAGGAUUCUUGCAUCGUACGUAUCGUAUCAGGAUUCAGUUUUUCAUAUUACUGUAUUUGAUUCACUCAGAAGUGUGAAACAUCAGAAUAAUACUAAAACUACAGGAAAAACUAACAAACCGGUCAUAUUACAAUUAAGCAAACGCGACAGUCAGAAAAUACACCGAUUUCCUGGGCAGGCCGCAGUCUUACAUCCUCCUGAUAUAACACGAUUCUUAGCUAGGCUUUGUAAACAGUUAGCUUCUGUUUGCGAAUGAACUAGCUUACCUAAUUAGCUGGCUAACAUUUUUAAGCAGAUUUUCCUCUUGUAGCAAAGAGGGAUCUAGCUAAUAUAGUUAGCUCUCUAAAAGUUUUUAAGUUAACUCAGUAACGCGUGUCUAAAAAAACAAAACAAAAACACAGUAUCACAAUAAUGCUAAUGCUAUGACAAAAAUGGAUUUGACAAACGAAUAGGCUACUCUGCAAAAGUUGUCUGAAAGUUCUAGAGAUUAAAACUACAAUAUACGGCCUUCUUAGCACACUGUGCAUGUGAGCUUUAGAAAUUUACAAUCCUUUACUGACUUCUCAGCCUAGGUGCUAACACGGCUAAACAGGAUUAGCUUCUGUAGGGAUGAAUGAACGGGCUCAGAUAACUAGUUAGCCGACUAACUAACUAAAAGUUCUGAACUGUUACCUCAUACCUAAGAGGGAACUGGCUAAUAAAACCUGCUGGUUCGCCACCUAACAGUUAUCUCUUAUAGUGAUAAGUAAGCUAAUACCACAUGCUUGCUAGAUAUGUAGCUCAAGCUAGCUAAUUAGAAACGCUUGGAUUGGGAACGAAUUCUUGUGGUCUGCAAACACAAGUAUAACCCUUAAUCAAAACCGUACAGAAAAUGUCAGCUGCUAAACGGUUAGCUUAAAACAGUGCAUGCGUGACGCUGCCUUCUGAGUGAGAAAAACUGUCAUAGCACGAAAAACAAAAAAACUCGACGACAAACGCUGCCUACCUGGUAGACGAGUCUACGAUAGCGUAAUAAUAUUCUGUUUGAUUAUCAAGAUAUUAUUCUGUUACAGAUUAUCGGCACAUGUCUAAUGAUGAUGAUGAUGAUGAUGAUGAUGGUUAUUCAGAUAGUAAUGAUAUGAUGGUGACGAUGGUAACUAUGAUGAUGGUGUGUAUUGUAAGGACGGUGCUUGUACACUGAUGAGCACAUUAUCUUACUGAUCUUUAAAUAAAAAUGUUCCUUCCUUGUA